CUGUGUCAGAGGAGGCUGAAGCUCAGACUGCGAACAGCUGAAGGCCGCCUCUCAACUUGCAGCCUCAAAUUAACAGCGCGCAAAACGAGGAUGAAUCCGAAGUAGGAGGAGGGCUUUUAUUUUGAUCGCUUCAAGGCUGCUGUCAGGGUUUCUCCAGCCGGAGUUUGAGCUCCUGAGAAGUUGCUGUGCAGAUGGAGCUGAGCAGGAGGAAAGUACCUCUGUAUGGAGAGGCCAAGGUAUUUGCAUUGCUGGACGGUUUAGAUCCGGUGCCAGAGGAUGCAGAGGUCUAUGUUGUUCUGGAGGGAUCCACGCUGGUCCAUGUCACCAAGGCUCACAGCGACGUCAUGCUCUGCUUUAUCGUGCCUGGACAUAACAUGGCUGAGGUGGUCUCUGUCCAGGCUUAUCUGUGCUCUAAAACCACUCCACUCACCUGGGUGGGCGGGGCUUCUUUAGAGUAUGUUCAUGAUGACGCUCAGGACCUUGCAGAGCACCUGGUCAUCCACGGACACUGUCUAAGCUCCACAGAUCACAAGGAGCUGAGCAGCCUCUUCAACCUGGGCCAGCAGAGCUCUCGCUGGGCUAUGGAUCGUCGCGUGGCCCUGGCCAUGGCCAACUUGGAUAUCCCCCAAAGCUGGAAUGUGCUGGGGAGCCACAGUGGAGACGAGCACAGUCCCAGAGAGUCCCCCCUCCACCUGGCCGUUCGGUGGGGUCUGUGCCGCCUUGCGGAGCUGCUGCUUUGCCAGCCGGGCGGGUUGAUGGCCAUCAGCCUGCCGAACGAGGAGGGGGUCACGCCGCUGCAUCUGGCGCAGGCGGCGGGCAACACUGAGCUCCUGGAGCUGCUCUCACAUCCUCCCAACCCUCUGGCCACGCCUCCAGCAGGUCUGUCCCAGGUGUGGGCAGACCGGUCCCGCUUGCUGAGGUUCUGUCAUGACACCGGGAACCUGACUCUGACCGUCAGACAAAACCUGAGGUGGACCUCGGAGGAGAGCCGGCACGCCGACAUCCUGCUUCUCAGAGACCGACUCAGAGAUGAGGACUUCCUCAGGGAGAUCAAAGCACUAAGGAGGGAACAAGUGGAGACCGUCUUAGAGAAGGAAGAACUAGUGGACGAUCCUGCAGACAACGCACUGUACCCUGACAUAAAUGGAGGAAACUCUGCAGUCGAAGAAAAUGUUCCCAGUUUCUUCGCGGAGGACUACGGGGAGCCGCUGAUGUUUUGCCUGAACGAGGUCGACGAAGAGGACGAGCCAUCUGAUUCUGAGAAAAGCCAGUCCAUAAGAGAGAGCCAGGCCUCAUCCCCGACUCUGGCCGCAGCUGCCAGGCUGUCAGCAAUGAUACACGGCAAAGACCAAGUGUACGCUAACGCCAUGCUGGUGGACCAAGUGGAUGGCGCUGACAUUAAAUACCGUUCUCCAGGAGAGGAAGAGGUCAGCCCCCCGUCCCGCGUUGGCAGCUCUUGCUGGGAUUCCUUCUCCAUGAGCCCCCCCGAUUCAGGGAACUGCUCCCAGAGCCGGUACCCUCCCUCACCCCAUAACAGGCAGAGGGGAGUCCAAGGCCCGGGCCUGGAGAAUCACAGGGAGCUCUCCCCUCGCAUGUCUCCCCCCUGUCCCUUCGCUUCCUCCCCGUCUUUUCCUUCCUCUUCCCUGGCUUCGGCGCUCCGUUUGUUCGAGGGAGCACAAAGGCGACAGGCGUGCUCCCCAGCCUCUCCCGCUACGAGUCGCAGAGGAUGCAGCUUGACGGAGUCGAGCCGAGGCCUGAGCCCUAGUCUAGAGUGUGACAGCGGCGAGGAGGACAUACUGGGACAUUCCUACCCCUGCACGUCGCGGAAGCAGCAGUCCAUCCUGCAGUCCAGCUCGGGAGAGGAGAGGGACUCCUUCGACGCGUCGCCAGAUUUUAAUCGCACGCUCUCCGACAGCACGCACAAGUCGACCAAGAACCCGGAGGAAGCCGAGGUCCGCCUGCGCUCCUACUCCUACUCCUCGCCUAAAGCGAAGCCGUCGCGGCCUCUGCUGAACCGAGACGCGACUGUCACUGAUCUGGCGGAAGAUGGCGCCUUCAGCAGCAGCGGCCGAUCUCUACUUCAGGCUCUGUCUCUUUCUAAAUCCCUCUCUCGCCUCAACCAAGUUAAGCAGAAAGCGUUCAACCUGACCGAGGCGCCCAGAGAAAAGAGGGUUUUGGGUUUCCGUAAGCGGGCCCAGUCAGCAGAGGAAGAGAGCAGCGCAUCGCUCCAACACCUCACCCUCACAGAGUUCCUCAAAGAGAUCGAGGACGAGGAGUGGGAUAAAUACAUAAUCCCAUCAAAGGUCGAGUCAGAGAAGUACAAAGUCAGCCGGACCUUCAGCUUCCUCAAGAACAGGAUGUCCAGCACGCGCAGCAAGACCAAGGUGAAGGGGAAAGAGGUGAAGGAGGGGAAGGAGAAGCCGGGAGCCGCUAAUGGACACCAGUUUGUUCCCGUGUCACCAUCUGGACCUGCUCUCUGUGUGGCCUGUGAUAAGUCUGUUUCUGGGAAGGAGCUUUUGCAGUGCUCCAACUGCUUCCUGAACGUCCACAAAAACUGCCGAGAGUCAGCUGCAGCCUGUGGGAAGAAGCCCCAGGAGAGGAAUGCGUUGCUGAUGAAAAGCAAGACUGUGUCCCUCCCGCAGAACUCGCCGAAAGACAACCCUCCAGCCGCCACGUACUCUUCUCCAUCUUCCUCCUCUUCUUCAAUUCCGGCGAUGUGCAAAGACAAAAGAGAAACGGGCGCCCCCCUUUCCAAAAGCCUCUCCAUCUCUAUAGACAGCAGACGGCUGAGUGACACAGACGGUGAAUAUGCCGCGGCGGCUUGUGCUAACAGCUCGUUGUCUGAUGAAGGAACUCCGGUCACAGCGACUCCACCAUCCACUGACCCUCCAAUCCCCCCACAGGACACCGUUGAUGCUCCUCUGCUGGGUGACCUGUCACCGGACCUGCUCGGGCUUGACGUAGAGUCGUGGAGUCUCGCCGUGACUCCGGAGUUCUGCCGGCAAUACGACAGGCACACAGUCAAACGACAGGAUGUCAUUUAUGAGCUGAUGCAGACAGAGCUACACCACAUCCAAACCCUGACGGUCAUGUCGGAGGUGUUCAGGAGAGGCAUGCUGGAGGAGCUGCAGCUGGACUGGGACUGCGUCGCCCGCAUCUUCCCCUGCUUGGAUCCUCUGCUCCUCUACCACAGGAACCUUUUCAGAGUGCUGCAGGAACGCAGGCAGGCUGCAACCCAAGUCGAGAAUUCAAGAAAUUACCUUAUCGAGCACAUUGGAGACAUACUGCUCCAGCAGUUCUCAGAUGAAAACGCUGAGAAAAUGAAGCAGGUGUAUGGAGAAUUCUGCAGUCACCACAUCGAGGCAGUGAACGUCUUCAAAGAGCUGCAGCAACAGAAUAAGAAACUGCAAAACUUUGUCAGACAACAGAGCAAUAACUCUCUGGUAAGACGGAGAGAGGUCCCAGAGUUCAUCCUGCUGGUCACUCAGCGCAUCACCAAGUAUCCAGUGCUGCUGGAGAGGAUAUUACAGUACACUCAGGAGGGAAGUCAGGAACACUCUGACCUGUCAAGUGCUUUGGCUCACGUCCGUGACAUCAUCGCGGCGGUGGACCUCUCUGUAAAUAAGUACGAGAGGUGCCAGGAGCUGCAGGAAGUGCUGGCCCGGCUGGAGAACAAGAGCUUUGCCAAGCUGAAGAACGACAAGGUGUUUCGUAAACAGGAUCUGCACAGCAAACACAGGACCCUGCAGCACAAAGGGCUGGUCUUCUGGAAGACUGCCACGGGACGUCUCAAAGAUACGUUAGCUCUCCUGCUCACUGACGUUCUGGUUUUCCUACAAGAGAAGGACCAGCGCUUCGUAUUUGCUGCUGUGGACCAGAAGCCUCCAGUAAUCCCUCUGCAGAAGCUCAUCGUUAGAGAGGUAGCCAAUGAAGAGAGAGGGAUGUUCCUCAUCUCUGCCUCCUCAGUGGGGCCAGAAAUGUACGAGGUCCACACCUCCACCAGAGAGGAGAGGAAUGCGUGGAUGAGGCACAUCCGGAUGGCUGUAGAGAGUUGUCCCGAGGAGGAGGAGGAGGAGGAUCGAAAUGCUGAGACGGAGGAAGCCAGGCAAGCCGCAGAAGUGAAAGUUCAGAAGAUCACCAAGUUCCAAGAGACGCUCUUGAGUCAGGACCAGCAAAUCUGCAACACCCUGGAGGAGAAGCUGCAGCUCUAUGCUGAGCUCACAGAGUUAACCCUCCGUUCGCCAGAGCCUGUAGCACACCGCCACCUGCUGGUACAACCCACGCAGUACACCGACGCCGAGGUGCCACAGCCAGCCUCGUCACUGCUGACAGCUGCGCUCAGAGAAGCGGAGAACUUGAUCAAUCUCCUGCAGGCUCGCGACUGCCUCUCUGUUCAGAGUCAGAGCUCCCCUGUCCGAGGACCCGAGUGCUGCAGCUACAACAGCCACGGCAGCAGCAUUCAGGAGUCUCCGUCUGAGCCGGAUUAUCUGAGCACGCUCAGUAUGAGCUCCACUUCUCUAGCAUCAGACAGUGACUUAGCAGGGUCGGACAACGGGACGUGGAGCUCAGCUGUCGAACUGAGGAGGGGAGACACCAAAGGGACGCUGUUAAAGGUGGCAGAGAGUGUCCAGAGCCUCACUCAGCUCCUCUACAGUCUGCAGGCUGCCGUGACUCUCCAGGACAGCUGCUGCGAAGUCCACAAACUCCUUCUCCAGGAGGGAGACCGGCCUCAGCUCCGAACCCUGGCUUCCCUCCAGAGCAGCCUGGAGCAGGAGAAGCAGAGGAGUAUAGAUAAGAAGAAAGAGGAUGUGGAAAAGAAGGGUCUAGAGAGGAAGAAAGAAGAGGCGGAGGUGCAGAAGCUCCACAUGAAACUGAAACAAGAGCAGCAACGCUGGGACAAAGAGUGUCUGGCCAGGGAGAAACAACAGAGCGAUCAGGAGAGCGUGCUGGAGCAGCGAGAGCAGCAGUGCCUCCUGGAGGCUGAGCGGCUACGGCGCGAGCGCGAAGAGCUGGAGGCCCAGCUGCUGGAGUAUCAGCAAAAUCUGGACAGGCUGAGGGAGGGCCAGAGGAACGUGGAGAGGGAGAGGGAGAAGAUCGAAGCCCAACAGAGGCUGCUCCAGAGCUGGAGACACAACCGCCAGAGCAGCCUGCCUGUGACAAUACCGCUGGAUGGAUACAGGUCUGAGGGGUCCAGCCACAGCCGCUCGGGCAGCCUGGACGGCAACAGCUCGGUGUAUGAGAACGAGGCAGCCUUGCUCGCCUCCCUCCAACAGAACAGCCUCCACCAGCCCACCACCACCACCACCACCGCCACCACCAUCAACAACAACAAGCAGCACCAGCAACUGCUCUCCAUGCCGAGGAAGAUCCACGACGGCGCUCUGCACAGCUCCGGCUACACUGCCAACCUCGGCCUCAGCGCCAGCCUCUACAACAGCCUCAACACCCUCCUGAGUCAGACGCACAACAAACAGCCUCUGGAACCUCUGGCGUACCCGGGUUACCAAGGCUGUCCCCGGCCCCUGUAUGAGUCCAGGGUCACUGCACAGCCACAGAGGACCAACAAGGCAGACUUCAGCCCGCUGCUGGACAGACAGUCCCCCGGUCCCUGGAGGUCAGAGGUCAGAGGUCACAGACUUUACGAGGAGGACUACUCCUCCUCUCCCUCCCUCACCCCUCUCCUCCCCCCGCAGGCCUACCUCUCCCUGGAGGGACAGAACGGGGAGGAGGCGGGCGAAGAGAACAUUGUUUACCUCUGAGGAGCAUCACGACCAGAUGUACAACUGGACAGACAGAUAAUAUAUCCGUCGCUUGUGUAUGUGUAUAUUUGUUUCCAUCUGAUGGAGUUAAGCUCAAUUUUUAAAUCAAGCAACUGGCAGGGAGAAGGUAUUCGCAGACGACUGUAGAGUACGUGCCUUUAUUGGUGUACGCGAUGGACCUAGUCAUCCUCCUCCUCCACCUCCUCCUCCUGUGUGAUCAAACCAUUGUGCCUUUUUUUUUUUUUUUUUUGCAAACAAAACCUUUGUAAAUCUGCUUUUAUACUCACGCUCAUCGUGUUUCUACACCUCCUGUAUCUGGUUUUAGCAUCUGUUGCACUUGUUUGGUGACAGAGAUACGAACACUUUGACCCAAAGCACCAGGACAGACGUACUGAUGUGAUCCCGCCCCUCCUCCCCCUGAGCACUUAAAUAGAAAAUGAACAUAUAUGAGGAGCCGGUUGAGGCCCAGUGCUUUUUUUUUCUCCAAGUGAUCUUUAAUAAUAUUUAUAAAGGGUUGUGAACAUCUAUAAAAAAAAAAAGUGUAAUACUGACAUUAUUGUAUGAAUAUAGAAUAUAUGUAUAGUUUUAUGGAAAAGCUACCUAUGCACACUAUGUUUGAAGAGAAUCUUAUAUUCCUAUCUUUGUUUUUUUUUUUCUCACUCAAGUGCCAAAAAACAAAAAAAUCUUCUGUUAUCUGAUGCUGUAACUGAUUUCUGUAAAGAGUGGGUGUAUUUUUCCUGUUUGUGGCUUUUGUCAGAUAAUUUAUUGCAUACAAACUGCCUUAUGCACUGUUCAUGACAUUAAUAAUAUUUUUGUUUUAAUAAGUGUUGUCUUGUUGUAAUCUCUGUAAUCAUAACUGUGCUGUGACAUGUUGUGUAUGUGUUUGUGUGUAUAUAUAUAUAUAUGACUAUAUACAUAAAAAACUAUUGUGGUUACCAUCUA